UUUUAAAAAAAAUUAAAAAAAAAAUAUUACUAAUGUUUGAUUAACACUAUACUUACUGUUGUUAAUCAGGGUUAUAUUUGGGUGUAUCAUUGAUAAUAAAAGUUUAAUGGUGUGUAGCAAAGAUAAAAGUCAUACCAUCCAGGAAAUAAGACUUCUUUUUAAGCAUACCAGCCAAGCUACUACAAUUCCAAAUAUACAACAUGGACUAAUAACACGAGAGUAGCAAUUUAAUAAAAAAGUCUACAUUGUCGGAUCCAAGGUGAAUAAAUUAAGUACUAAUAACAUGCCUUAAUAAAUUAUGAUUGCUCUGUUACAAUCGCUAUUGCAGCUAAAAUCAACACAUGACUUUCAACAUCAACACAGCUCUUCACAAUUCCAACUUAGACAUGAAGCUCGUUCAUUGGCCCUCAAGAUGCAACAGACCUAUCUGCAGGUAGGCACGCAAAACAACAAAUGAGAAGUUCAGAACUUACAUAACUUUUUAUGCUAAAGGCAUAAUAGACCGAGCAUUUCUUGGUCUCUACCAACUUGAGACCAAGUUGGUCUCUAGUAAAAAAAAAAAAAAAAGCAUAAUACAAACAAAAUAACUGAAAGAAAGAAAAGAAAAGUACAGCAGGAGGGACCUUUUCUUUUUCCUCCCCCUCCAAAACUUUGAGCCCAAAAUCAUGGCGGGAUCGAAAUUCCCCAAAAUUUUCCCUCCUCUUCAAAUUUUUGGGGAAAAAUUAAUGGAGUCCCCUCCAUUUUUUUUUGAAGGGCCGACUUGAGCAAUAAACCAGCUGGGAGGAGGUGGGGUGUUUGCAAGUGUUCAAAGCCAAUUUUCGUGGGAAACCCUUAGUUUUUUGAUAAAUUAAUUCGCGCAAUUUGAGUUAGAACUCAUCAAUUAAUCCGUGAGUUGAAGAAGCUUAGCGGUAGGCGAAAUGAGUUAUGAUAAUUUUUCGAAGGAAAUUGAGAUGAUUGAGGAUUGUAAUGUUCAGAACCACAACCAUGUUAUGGAGGGGAGCACAUAUGUUAACUGCAGUUCAGAUAGCUCUUCAGAUAGUGAUGAUAGUUUGCAGUUUGAUUUGAAUGAAGAUCUGAAUAUUGAUGGUGGGGAGAUUUUUUAUUUGAAUAAGGCCCCUGGUGGUUGUAGCAUUCCCCAUUUGAAUAAGGACCCCGCUGAUUGUAGCUUUUCCGGGGAUGGUGGUGAGUUGAAUAAUGAUUGUGGACACUUAUACAGUUCAGGAUCGGGUAGAAGUAUAGGGGCAGCUGCAGUACCUCAUCCAGAAGUAGGAAUGGAGUUUAGUACAUGGGACAACAUGAAUAAUUACUAUCGUACAUAUGGAGAGCAAGAGGGAUUUGGGGUUGUGUGUAUAGGUGGGAGAAAUAAUGAUGUUUACAACAAAGCGGCAUAUAGCACUUAUGUUUGGAAGUGCGAGUGUUAUGGAAUUACAGCGUACAAGAAGAGGGUUAAUGGGAAGAGGGUUGUGGUGUAUGACGAGCCAUCGAAGAAGAGGAAGAGUAAAAAAUGUGACUGUCCAGUCAUGUUGUAUGGGCAAGGGCACAGUGAUGGUGUGUGGCAGAUUAAGAAAGCGGUUAAUGAGCACAAUCACAGUGUGAAUCCUGAGCUAUCAAGGCACAUUGCAAUGUACAGAAAGCAAAAGAUUACGAAGCAUUUGGAGCAUAGGAUUGAAAAUGACCAUUCCUCUGGUGCCUCAGUAAGUUAGAUAUUCAACAACAUGGCGGGCCAAAGACACGGAGUGGAGAAUGUUGGUUUUACGAAAAAAGAUAUUCAUAAUUUGGUUAAUAGGAAGAGGAGAUUGAAGUUAAAAAAUGGUGAUGCCUCGGCUAUGCUUGAGUAUUUUGAUAGAAUGACUGUCGAUAAUCAAAAUUUUUUCCACAUGCAUCGGGUUGAUCACAAGGGCCGAUUGAAAGACAUCAUGUGGGUUGAUGCUAGGAGCAGGGAGGCGUAUCAGUAUUUUGGAGAUGUUGUCUGCUUUGACUCCACUUACCUUACUAACCAAUACGAACUUCCCUUUUCGAACUUUGUUGGUGUCAACCACCAUGGUCAGACAAUCCUAUUAGGCUGUGCUUUGGUAUCACAUGAGAAUGCUGAGACGUUUGAGUGGCUAUUCAAGACAUGGCUUUCUUGCAUGAGGGGAAAGCGCCCGGCGGCUAUCAUGACAGAUCAAGAUGCCGCGAUGAGGAAGGCAAUAAGAGUCGUAUUCCCAAUGCCAGAAACACGGCAUAGGUGGUGUAUGUGGCACAUCAUGAAGAAGUUUGGUACAAAAUUGGGUGCUCUAUCUGAUUACCAAGAUGUAAAAGAUGCAUUGCAGCAUGUGAUCUACAACAGCAUUACACCGGAUGAAUUUGUUGAAUCUUGGUGGGAAGUGGUGAAUAAGUUCAAGCUAGAACAGUAUGACUGCUACGAGUGGCUGGAAGGUUUGUACGAGGAGCGAGAGAUGUGGAUCCCUGCAUAUGUGAAAGGUGUGUUCUGGGCAGGAAUGCAGACAACUCAACGUGUUGAGAGCAUAAACAGUUUUUUUUAUGGUUAUAUUAACAGGCACACCCGAUUGUAUGAGUUUGCUCCUAAUUACUGUAAGGCGAUGGAAAGCCGAGCUAAUGAUGAGCAGGAAGCAGAUGCUAAUUGUGCACGUUUCGUUAGGCCUCUAAUAUCGGAAUUUUCGUUGGAACGUAAAUUUCAGAAGGUGUAUACGGAUGCGAAGUUUGUGGAAGUACAAAACCAGUGCAACCGUGUAGCAUAUCUCACCCUUGUGUCCAAGAAGUCAGUGUCACAUAAUGAGGAGGAGUAUGUGUUUUCAGAUCGUGUGUGGAUUUACUGCAAGAAAAAGAAGAAGGAGACUCCCCUCAAAGGUCGGUAGAAGGAAUACACUGUUAUGUAUAAUAUAGAAAGAAAAGAGGGAAGCUGUGACUGUCGACAUUUUGAAUGUCAUGGAAUUAUUUGCAGGCAUAUCAUAAAGGUGUUAGACAUGAGUGGAGUCACUGAAGUUCCAUCCAUGUACGUUGUGGAUAGGUGGAGAAAGGAUAUUAGUAGGAAACAUACGCUUGUUAAAGUUGCGUAUCAUGAUGCAUCAAAAACAGAAGAGGUUCGAAGAUAUGAUAAGCUGAUGUUAGCCCUUGAACCUAUUGUAUUGCGUGCUUCUGCUUCGGAUGAAGCUGUAGAAGUGUUAAUGGACUUGAUUCAGCUAAUGAGCCUGAAAGUUGAUGAAUUACAUGUGAUGGUUGAUGGGUCAGGCCAAGGUUCGGGUGGGGAUGGGGAAGAAAGGCCUAGUGGUGAACUGGAGCCUGUGAAACAUGUUCCUCCAACUCCCAAAACCCCAAGCUCAGUUAAUAAAGGUAGUGUUGUUGGUUCCGCGGAUACACCAAAUUCUUCUACAUGUGUGAAAGAUCCUGAACCUCAGGGUAAUAAUAAGAAAAGGGUAGACCUCGAGCAACACGGUACGUAUCCCCAGCGGAAAAGGACAUGGCUAAGGCUGCGAAGACAGGGGGUAAGAAGAAAUAGGGCAGUAGACAACCACAGCUGGGGAUACCCAACAUCCAGCUAGUGAGUUCAUGCAACAACAAGUUGCUUUCCCAAAUGUAGCUCCUCCAUCUCGCCAUCAUAUUGGGGAUAUGUUUCCCAAUACUCAGCUCAACCAAGGAUAUUAUGCUCGUGACCCGUUGCUGUUCACCGGAAGUGGGAGUGGCCCUUCCCCAUCGGUUAACAGGAGGAUGCUAGCUGGUGGGAUUCAUAUGAGCCAACAUAGUGAGGCAGUUGGUUACUUCACCGCCAACAAUGCGUACAGUGAAGUCCAGUUUGGGAAUGGUAGGCAUUUUAUCAACCCGGCAUAUGUGCCCAACACGAGCAUACAGCGUAAUACGCAUAUGCAAAAUCCACAUCCCAAUUCUUCAUUACAUAAUACUUGACUUUAGACGUACUCAACAUGUUUGUCCUGACGUUAUAAAUCAGUAAAUAUUUUAGUGUAACUUUGUUAUUAUUUAUUAUUUAUUAUAGAAACCCCUUGUUACUGUCUGAACUGGUUGUGCAUACUAAUACAGACCCCUUGUAAUUGUCUGAGCUGGUUCAAUACCAAAAUUGGUCAGGAUGGUAUGUAACAUGCAUACCGAUGGUAUGCAUUACAUACCAUCCAUCCGUUAGAAGGUAUGCAAAAGAACAAUUACACAUACCAUCCAAGGGAUAGAUUCUGUAUAUCUAUGCUACAUCAAAACCAAUCAGGAUGUAAAUCAUACCAUCAUCCACAGAAUAUCGACUCACGUGUUUGUUUAUCUUGCAUGUACUUGUGGAUAAUGUAAUCCAAGUCAUUAUGUAGAUAUC